AGGAGCGUGUGAGCUUUUGGUCCCAACUGGCUGUGCCCAUAGGCUUGUCACCAGGAGAACAUUUGUGUUAAUUGCACUGUGCUGUGUCAAGGAAACUUUGAUUUAUAGCUGGGGUGCACAAAUAAUGGUUGCCGAGCGCACAUGGAUUCGGUAGAACUUUGCCUUCCUGAAUCUUUUUCCUUGCACUACGAAGAAGAGUGAUGUCAGAUGAAAAGGGUAUUAUGGCUGAAAUAUACACCAGAGGAAUUCAUUUUGGCAAGCCUGGUCCAUGUAGGCUCCUUUGCAGAAUGUCAAGCAAGGAUCGACACAUUGAUUCUAGCUGUUCGUCAUAUAUCAAGACGGAACCAUCGAGCCCCGCCUCCUUGACGGACAGCAUCAAUCAUCACAGCCCUGGUGGCUCCUCUGACGCCAGUGGGAGCUACAGUUCAACCAUGAAUGGACAUCAGAAUGGGCUAGAUUCACCACCACUCUACUCUUCAGCCCCAGGUCUUGGGGGUAAUGGGUCUGUCAGGAAACGAUAUGAUGAUUGCUCCAGUACCAUUGCUGAAGAUUCACAAACCAAGUGUGAAUACAUGCUGAACUCAAUGCCCAAAAGAUUGUGUUUGGUUUGUGGUGAUAUUGCAUCAGGGUAUCACUAUGGUGUGGCUUCAUGUGAGGCCUGCAAGGCUUUCUUCAAGAGGACAAUUCAAGGUAACAUAGAAUACAGCUGCCCAGCAACAAAUGAAUGUGAAAUCACAAAGCGCAGACGCAAAUCCUGCCAAGCUUGUCGUUUUAUGAAGUGUCUAAAAGUUGGCAUGCUGAAAGAAGGAGUGCGCCUAGACAGAGUACGUGGUGGUCGCCAGAAGUACAAGCGCAGAAUAGAUGCAGAAAAUAGUCCAUACCUGAAUCCUCAACUAGUCCAGCCAGCCAAAAAGCCAUAUAACAAGAUUGUCUCUCAUUUGCUGGUGGCUGAACCAGAGAAGAUCUAUGCCAUGCCUGACCCCACUGUGCCUGACAGUGACAUCAAGGCUCUCACCACACUUUGUGAUUUGGCAGACAGAGAACUGGUGGUCAUUAUUGGAUGGGCUAAGCAUAUUCCAGGAUUUUCCACUUUAUCGCUUGCUGACCAGAUGAGCCUUCUGCAGAGUGCUUGGAUGGAGAUUUUGAUUCUGGGCGUAGUGUACCGAUCACUUUCCUUUGAGGAUGAGCUUGUCUAUGCUGAAGACUAUAUUAUGGAUGAAGAUCAGUCUAAAUUAGCAGGCCUUCUUGACCUCAACAAUGCCAUCCUGCAACUGGUAAAAAAAUACAAGAGCAUGAAGCUGGAGAAAGAAGAGUUUGUCACCCUCAAAGCUAUCGCGCUUGCUAAUUCAGACUCUAUGCACAUAGAAGACGUUGAAGCUGUCCAGAAACUUCAAGAUGUCUUACAUGAGGCACUGCAGGAUUAUGAAGCUGGGCAGCACAUGGAAGACCCACGCCGGGCCGGCAAGAUGCUGAUGACUCUGCCGUUGCUUAGGCAAACCUCCACCAAGGCUGUGCAGCAUUUCUACAAUAUUAAAUUGGAAGGCAAAGUCCCCAUGCACAAACUUUUUUUGGAAAUGCUGGAGGCGAAGGUCUGACCUCAACAUCCUGGCCCUUCCGGUUGGGUACGCUGAAACCAUAACAAGAGGGACAACCAACAGGAAAACUGUGGCAAAGAACCUUUAGCAUUACUUUAAGGCAAUGAAAAUGACUGCACUGAUCGUUAAGCAGCAAGAAUGAGUAGCAGCAUUCUCUUUUUAGUCUCGGUCUUAUUUGAUGCAGUUCUCCUCCUUCAUUUCUCUCUUCUUUUAAUGUUGUUAGCUCUCCUUUGUUUGUAAUUUUCUCCCUUUUGCUGCUGAA